GUCUAUUAAAAUCAUAGAGGAAAGUAAUAUAUCGGAUUGAAGUUAAUGAAAACCGAGUCCAGUGUAAUACUUUUGUUUUUGUGUUGUCUUGGCAUAAAAUGUCUUUAUCGAGUCUUUCUUCGUUAUCUGAUCAUGAAGAAGAUUUUCUACAUCAUCGUCGCCGUAUCCCAGAUAGGAUGGACAUUUUUUCGAAAUAUGAUGGUGAAGAUUUUAGAAUCCGAUAUCGAAUAUCCAAGCACGCAGUUUUGCAAAUCCGAAACAUUCUUGAUAUAGAACCAUUAACCGAAAGAAACAAGCCAAUUAAUGGCUUGACCCAGCUGCUUAUUUUUUUAAGGUUCAUUGCCACCGGAACUUCCCAGGCAGUGCUUGAUGACCUGAUCGGGAUCCACAAAUCUACCGUUUGCCGCAUAAUCCAAAGAGUUUCGCGUAAACUGGCGGAACUGAGCUCCGCGUAUAUAAAGAUGCCCAACCGCGAAGAGCUCAGGGAAGUGGCGGAAGGAUUUUUCAAAAUUGGUGGAUUGCCAAGAGUAGCAGGCGCAGUAGAUUGCACACACAUAAAAAUUAUUAGUAGAGGGGGUGUACUCUCCGAAAUGUUUCGAUGCAGAAAGGGAUUUUUCUCUGUUAAUGUACAAGUAGUGUGCGACGCUGAUGUAAAAAUUAAGGAUAUUGUUGCUCGAUGGCCUGGAUCAGUUCAUGACUGUACAAUUUUUAAUAACUCACACUUAUGUGCAGAUUUUGAAAGUGGGCGAUAUGGAAAUCACUACCUUUUGGGAGAUAGUGGUUAUGUUAAUAAAAACUUUUUGUUGGUGCCUAUUGCCAAGCCACAAACAUCUGCCGAAGAGGCAUACAACAAAUGCCACAUUGCAACGCGCAGCACGGUGGAGAGAUGCUUUGGUGUAUGGAAGCGGCGGUGUCCAUGCCUGGAGAAAGGGAUUACCCUGAAUAAAACCUCUACUGUAUUGCAGGUGAUCGUGGCUAGUGCAGUACUCCACAAUAUGUGCAUUGAUUUGGAUGAGAUGGAACCUCCCAGUGAUAUUGACAUUACGAUGGAUGAUAUAAUUACUAUACCAGACGAACCAAAUCAGACUGCAGUAUCAGUCAGAACUGCACUUAUAAAUUCCAUGUUUUCUUAAGCUGUAAGAUAAAUAAGUACCCAUAUGUUUAUGACAAACGAACUUUCGUAUUCAUAAUAUUAGUAGGAAUGUAUAUAGCGAUAAAUUUGAUAAAUUGUGAUAAAUGAAAAACCAAGAUAAGUAGCGAAACAGAUUUUUUAUAAAAUUGUAUUUUCUAAGAUUUCCAUUUUUAAUUUGUGUUCCUCUUUCAUGAACAAAAUUUCAAGAGCUAACUUCCUGCGCUCCAUUUGGGCAUUUUGUAUUUUUUUCUUGAAAUAAAGCCUCUUAAGAGCC